CGUCACUCCUCACUCCUCACUCCAACCCAUUUGUUCUCUCCCUCUUUUUCCUCACAAUCUUCAAAACCAAACCAAGAGAGAGAGAAAAAAAAAAUGAUCAACCCAUCCAUGCUCCGAUCUCUCCGCUCCGCCGCCACCCGCGGCGCCUCCCACCUCUCCCGCCGUGGCUACGGCACCGAGCCCGUGCCGGAGCGCAAGGUGGCGGUUCUCGGCGCCGCCGGCGGGAUCGGCCAACCCCUCUCCCUUCUCAUGAAGCUCAACCCCCUCGUUUCCAGCCUCUCCCUCUACGAUAUCGCCGGAACCCCCGGCGUCGCCGCCGAUGUCAGCCACAUCAACACCAGAUCUGAGGUUGUGGGGUACCAAGGUGAAGAAGAGCUUGGAAAAGCUUUGGAGGGUGCUGAUGUUGUUAUAAUUCCUGCUGGUGUGCCCAGAAAGCCUGGAAUGACUAGAGACGAUCUUUUUAACAUCAAUGCUGGAAUUGUCAAGACACUUUGUACUGCUAUUUCUAAGUACUGCCCCCAUGCCCUUGUUAACAUGAUUAGCAAUCCUGUGAACUCCACUGUUCCAAUUGCUGCUGAAGUUUUCAAGAAGGCUGGGACAUAUGAUGAGAAGAAAUUGUUUGGUGUUACCACCCUUGAUGUUGUUAGGGCAAAAACUUUCUAUGCUGGGAAAGCCAAUGUUCCAGUUGCUGGUGUCAAUGUACCUGUUGUUGGUGGCCAUGCUGGCAUUACCAUUUUGCCCCUAUUUUCUCAAGCCACACCAAAAGCCAAUCUUGAUGACGAUGUCAUUACGGCUCUUACAAAGAGGACACAAGAUGGUGGAACGGAAGUUGUGGAAGCUAAGGCUGGAAAGGGUUCGGCAACUUUGUCAAUGGCCUAUGCUGGAGCUCUUUUUGCUGAUGCUUGUCUCAAGGGCCUCAAUGGGGUCCCAGAUGUUGUUGAGUGCUCAUUCGUGCAAUCCACUGUCACUGAACUUCCCUUCUUUGCUUCCAAGGUGAGGCUUGGGAAGAAUGGUGUGGAGGAAGUUCUUGGCUUGGGACCUCUCUCAGAUUUUGAGAAACAAGGCCUUGAAAGCCUUAAGCCUGAACUCAAAUCAUCCAUUGAGAAGGGAAUCAAAUUUGCCAACCAGUAAUUGAACAUGUGUGAUAGGUUACUGGACAAUGAUAUUCCUUUAAGAACCAAAUCAAAUUUUGCAAUCUCAGAACCAUUGUUGUAUUGUUGCCGGCAGUGGUGGCGGCUUUGUUGUUUUAUUUAGAGUAGGUAUACGUCUUGAUUAAAUAAUUUAAGUCUGAGAGCAGUUUGUUGCACAAGGGAUUGAUUGAAUGUUAAACCUUCUAGGUUUUGGCCAUUCCAUUUAAUAAUGGUCCCUCUUUUAACUUGAUGUAUGGUUUCACAUAAUGUAACUGCAGGGUGUUUUGCCCUUUCUCCUCUUUUCAAA